UAACACCUAUUACUUAUCUCUCAAGCAACCUUGUUAAGUUCAUAUAAAUAGCUUUGCAUACGAACUCAGUCUUUCGGGUUUAUUCUUCUUGUCUUCGUGAUCAAGUAGGAUUUCGAAUUGUUGCUUCUUGUGUUUGUUUAUCUCGGCUUUUGAAACAAGUCUUUCAAGAAUUGAGGAUCAAAGCUUCGUGAUUGAAUACGAGUCGUUUUGAUAGUAGCGGUGAGUUCUUGUUAGGAUUGUGUAGACAAAGCACUCUUGUCUCGUUUUCCUCUCUGUCAGUCGCUUAGGGUUUACGAAAGUUUUAGCCUCUGCUCUAGAGCUCUCUAUCUAUCAAACACAAUGAAGAAAAGGUGUGGUCAAAGUAUGGACAGGAUCAGUCAGUUGCCAGAUGCUGUGCUUGCGAAGAUCUUGUCUUCACUUCCAACAACAAAAGGUGUCGUAGCCACAGCUGUUUUGUCUAAACAAUGGCGGUUUCUUUGGAAGAUGGUGCCCAAGCUCACGUUUAGGUACAACGGUGGCAAUGAUAUUCAGGGGUUUUCAGAUAGUGUUCGGAGGACUAUGCUUUCACUCGAAGCUCCGUAUCUACAGAGUUUGCAUCUUGAUGCUUCACUUGGCGAAGAUGAUCGUAUGGAUGGUUUUGGAGAGUUACUUGGAAUCGCACGUGGACUCCAUGUGCGUGAGUUGGUACUCAAACUCUCUCGCCCAGGUUUAAACAGAUAUCCAAUCAUCUUGGAUAACUGUCAGUCUCUGGAAACCUUGAAACUUCGUGGUUCCAUUGCUCUAGAGGUCCCUUCUCCAGUUUCUCUGACUUCUCUCAGAACUCUGCACCUUGAAGAUGUGUUCUACGACAGUGAGUCUGUUGUGAACCUUUUGAGUGGCUGUGUUCGUCUUGAAAAUUUGUUUGUUACUCGAAAUAGUGAUGAUGGUGUGGAGACUUUCACUGUUCCUGCUGGUAGCAUCUUCAAUCAGCUGGAACAUUUGCAGCUGUUUACAGAGUGUCUACCUUCCUGGAAUCCACUAAUGGUCCUCCUUGAUAACUCUCCUAAUUUACAAGUUCUAGAGAUUAUCGGUGAACACGAUCGUCAACUGACAUGGAAGGAACCAAAACAUGUUCCUCAAUGUUUUCUCCAUCUUAAGAAAUUAGAUUGGCUGGUAAGGGGAUUAACAUACGGGGAAGAGGUGGCCGAAUACAUCCUAUCGAAUGCAGAGAGUUUGGAAAAUGUUAUUUUGCGCAUUGACUGCCUCUACUGCGACGGGGACGAGGAUUUUCCCGAGGAAGAUAGACUUGAGGUGUGGCAUGACUUCCAAGCAUGGUGUCCAGAUGAUUGUGAGUUUGAGCUUAUAUCAAUAUAAUGUGAUGCAGCACAUCUUCAUACGGUUGGGACUUUCUUUGUCUUAUUAUGGUGUUUCUAAUUUGUGUAGUUGACUAUGUCUUUGAGCAAUCAUUUGAACCUUUAACGUUAAUGUUCUUUCUAUAACCAAACACUAAA